AGUCCCGCGUCGUUGGGCGGAGCGGGCUGGGCCGCCAUGGGGAGCGUCGCCCGUCGGGGGAUCCCCGCGGGCCGGUGCUGGGGAGCCGUCGGGGCCCCCCUGCCGGCGCGAACCGCGCCGGGAGGGAAGCCCCUCCGUCACAUUCUUCGGAUGAAAUCUUGGGGUUGCACUGGUAGUCAUCAUCGGCCUGCGUGGCUAAAGAGCAGUUUUGUGACUUUCCUUGGCCUGAGUGGAACGAGAAAGCCGAGGCAUGAGGCCAAAGGAACGUUCGCCACUUCGACAACGGUGGAUUCCAACGAAAUGAAAAAAUUCCAGAUACUGGCCCACAAAUGGUGGGAUGAACAAGGAGCCUAUUCACCUCUUCACUCUCUGAAUGACCUGAGAGUGCCCUUUAUCAGAGAUAAUCUCUUGAAAACGACUGCCAGCCAUCAUUUGGGAAGUCCUUUGUCCGGAAUGAAGAUUCUAGACGUUGGCUGUGGUGGCGGAUUAUUAAGCGAACCACUAGGACGACUGGGAGCCCUGGUUACGGGCAUCGAUCCUCUGGAAGACAAUGUGAAAACAGCCCAACAGCAUAAACGAUUUGAUCCGGCCCUAGACCAAAAAAUACAAUACAGAGCGUGUUCAUUGGAGGAGAUCGCCGAAGAGUCCGCCGAAGCGUUCGACGCCGUCGUGGCGUCGGAAGUUGUGGAGCACGUGAUUGAUUUAGAAACCUUUAUAAAGUGCUGCCACCGUGUUUUGAAGCCUCGGGGCUCACUCUUCAUUACUACCAUCAACAAAACGCCCCUCUCCUAUGUCCUGGGCAUCAUUUUCGCAGAGCAGAUCGCGGGCAUCGUGCCUAAGGGUACUCACGACUGGGAAAAGUUCGUUUCGCCUGAAGAAUUAGAGAGUCUCCUGGAAGCCAAUGGGCUGAUGGUCCAGAGGGUAAGGGGAAUGUUAUUUAACCCGCUGUCGGGCUACUGGAAUUGGACUGAGAACACCAGCCUGAACUACGCAGCUCACGCCGUCAAGUCGGAGACUCGGGACUCGUCUGGAUCUCCCUCGGAGAUGGAGGCAAAAGAGCACCAAGGGAGAACUGCCUCUAGCACAGAUGGCCAUGGAGAGCCCCAGACCUAAAGGAACACCCUUGGAGGUCUUUAAAAGACGACUACUUGCAAGGCACCGAUUUACAGAUCUACCUCCCAGAUGUCUUUUUUGUCUUCCUAGGAAGCGUCCUGUUUAAAGAGAAAGCUGAAGAACUGGGAUUUUAAAAAUCGAAUCGAGUCAAGAUGUCAUCUGGGAGGCUCUGCAGUAAUACGUCGUCUAAAACUAUAGUCUUUAUUUCAAGACAUUUGAUUCCGAGUUUGCAAAUGACGCAUACUCCAGUGUGAUCUUUGACUUACUAUUUUAAGAACUAUUGCCUUCUCUACACUGA